UCUAAUUUGUACCCCACCGUUGGCCUCCAGACCCCUGGUGAAGUUGUGGAGGCUAAUUUUGGCCAAUUUCCUUUUGUUUUUGAUAUUGAUGACUAUAAAAAGGUGAAUAUUAAAGCAUUAUAAAGUUAUUUAUGUUUCAAGGAUGUUAGUAUGAACGAUAACCUUUCUGCAAGAAAAGAAAGAUACAUUCUCAAAACUAAUAAAAAUAUAUUUCAUUUAAAAUCAUCUCUCAUAAUUAACAACCUUUUCAUUUUAUGUAUGUACUAUUUAGGAAUGGAGACUGAAGACGAAACUAACAAUUGAGAGAUUUCCAGUCUCAGACCGCAAGGGGGAGUUCCAGUCAGCUCUACACAGGUACAGCAUACUUUAUCUUUAUAUACAACACAAAAGAUAUACACUUUUUUUUUUUCACUGCUGAACAAUUGUGCAAAUUCUAUAUUUCAUUUACAUAUCAAGUUAUAAUUUCAGUCCAUUUUUACUAUAAUAAUUUUUUUACAGGAUUGUUUCCACAUAUCUAGUCCACCAUGGAUAUUGCUCUGCUGCUGAGGCAUUCUCUAAAUCCACUGACCAGCCCAUUGUAGAAAAUAUUGAAUCUAUAAAAAACAGACAGCGUAUGUUAUUAUUUAUUUAUUUUUAAAAAAAAAUACGUUUUGCAAUAAAUCUUAAAUUGUUUGUAGUAUUGUUUCUUUAGAACAUUCUGCUGCUUAUGGUUAUUAUAGUUUCUCUCUCUUUUUUUUUUCUGUAAAAUUUUGGUCGUCAAAUUAUUUUUAUUACUUUCAGGAAUUCGAAUUAUUUUUAUUACUUUCAGGAAUUCAAAAGCUGGUGUUAGCCGGACGAAUGGGGGAAGCGAUUGAAACCACACAAUACCUGUACCCCCAUUUAUUAGAUACUAAGCCUGAUCUUUUGUUUAUGCUCAAGUGUCGUCAGUUUGUGGAGAUGGUCAAUGGAACUGACAGUGAAGUAAGAGGCGGUAAUUCGAGCUACCACAGUAUAGGUACAGGUAUUGUUCAUAGCCGCAGCCCAAAAUCCUAUCUUAGCGAUGGAAGUAGCCGUUCCAGUCCAGCACAAAGCCCCCACCCUUACAGCAGGGCAGGUACACCUCCAUCUCAACAGCAUCAAUAUUCAGUUCACUACAGUCAACAGCAGACUUUUAACCAGCAAUCUCAUCAGUCCCAUCAUAACCGUGGUUCUGGCGGCUCAGCUUGCAACAGUCCCAGCCGAUCUUCAGGGAAAAGCCAGGGUCGCCAGAGCCCAGGCUCUGUGUCAACUGCCCACCACAAUUCGCAGCAUCAUUAUCACAACAGCAGCUAUAAUAACAGCAGUGACAAUGGCAAUAGUAUGCAGAAUAAUCAUCCUUUAAACUGUGGUCAUAUUGGUGAGGCUGAGGCUUUAUUAAACUCUGCCAAUGCAAUAGCCGUUGGUGAUCAUUCAUCCAUGAAUGGGGGCCCUGUUGGCUCCAGGUUAAUUGACACUGAAGAGAUGGAGUUGUCAGAUGAGGGGGAUCAUGCAAGUCCCCAGUCAAAUGGAAAUUCUCAUAUAAAUGGAAAUUCAAUACAUGAUGAUGAAGAAAUGGGUAAGAAUUUAUAUCUUCUUUAUUAUAAUAUAUAAUUUACAGUACAGCUAUGUUAAAUUUAAAUAUGUUUAGUAGUACAUAUAAUUCCUAUGUGAAGGAUGAAAGAAGUAUAAAUCAUUUAAAAACAAAGAAACCUUCAAUCGUUUUUUUGCUAAUUUUGCAUAUAAAAGCUGUGCUGGUGUGUUACUUUGUUGGCAAAAGUUGUUUAGUAAAAAAUAAAAUACUGGCAAAUAUAAUCUGUUCAACCUGCUGGAAAAUUGAUGAUUCAACGCUCUUGUUUUAUUUGUUGAGAGUAAAAGAUGUGUUUCUUAUUUACGAUGAUAUAUGAUGAUAUAUUUUGAAAAUCUUUCCCUUAAAUACAUUUUAAUGCUUCAAUUCAUUUGUUGAUAAAAAGCAAUAAGUGUGCACUAUAAAAAAUCAUUUCAAUAUUCUUAACUAAAUACUAAUGGUGCAGAUACAUUAAAAAGAAGAUAGUGUUCAAAUUUACACAAUUUUAUUUAAUUUUGACACAUAUUCAUUUAAAAAGCUUCUUGCAAAACAAAAAUAGAUUAUAUUUUUAUUCAUUUGAAAAAAGAUGUGAGUUGAAAUGGAACAUUGAUUAUUCUCCUUAUUUUUAGUUUACUUUUAUUACAUCCUAAUUUUUUUGUACUGGUAUUUUUUAUCCAUAAGUUUAUUAAAACAUGGAUGAAAUAGAUUGAAUUAUUUGCUUUAUAUUAAUAUUCAUUCUAUUGGGAUGUGUAGAUGUUGAUGUGCCAUCCCACCGUAGACAGAUGUGUGGUGGUAAUGAAGCUGCCAUUGAAAAGAUGUUAUCUUUUGGAAGGGAGCUGAAAAUGAUGAGUCAAAGACUGCGUAAAGAAUUCGGCAAAAAUGAGGCAAAUAAGAAAGCAUUGCAGGUAUAUAAAAAAAAUUGUUUACACAUUACAAAAAUCUUUUUUUUAAAAAUGCCUUGAAAACUUUUAUAACGCACGUUAUUAAUCUUACCUUGUUACUUAAGGAAUUAAAAAUCACACUUUUAAAUCGUCCAAAUUAAAUUGAAUUUUAUGAAUGAUUGUGCUUGUGACGAUACUUUAGGGCAAGGUUUCCCAAAUUUAAAAGGCAUUGCUACUUAAAUAAUAGGUACAAGACUUAGUUAAGAAUUUGUAGGGGGUGUGGGACUAGUCAAAUAAUUCUUAGUGGGAGGGGAGGUUGGGAAACAUUGCUUUAUGAAUUUUAUCUUCUUUCUUUAUAUUUAUUUUAUUCUUGCAUCUUCUUAAAUAUGUGUAUAACGUUUGUAGUUAAUUUUAAUCUAACAGAAAAGGUCCUGACUCCUAAAUUUUAGAUGUUAAUUUUUACAGGAUGCAUUCAGUUUAUUGGCCUACUCAGAUCCAUGGAAUAGUCCUAUAGGCAGCCAGCUCUUACCUGUAAAACGUGAACCAGUCUGUGCAGCACUAAAUAGUGCUAUUUUAGGUAAUACUUUUACCCUGGUCAAAAUUUAGAAUGGCACUGGUUACUAGCAGUGAAUAGAGGGCAAAGUCAACAAAGUUUGUUGUUGUUUUUUUUUUAAAAAAGAAAUGGGGUGGUGGUGAUGUUAAUCUUAUUACUUUCAGUCAAAUUAAUAAAGAUGAUUUAUGGAUUGGUUGAAACAGUUGACCCAUGUAGCAGCUAUUAGAUGUACACCAUAGGGCUUAAUUUUUUUACAAUUUAUGUUUUGGGAGUGUGCAAUUCUUAUUUCUUUAUACUUAUAUGCUAUUAAUUUUUUUACUGCUAGCCAAUGGAAUAGAAUUUGACAGUUUUUUAAUGCAGUAUACAUAGAUCUAACAUUAUUUGAUGUCCACUGAUAAAAUUCUAUAAUUCCAUUAUUAAUACCAUUUUUUUUAUUCUUCAAGAAUCCAAAGGUUUGCCAAAGCAGCCACCGCUAGAAUUGACCAUUGGUCAAGUGACCCAGUGUAUGCGCCUUAUGUCAAAGUCAGGGAUUGGAGCUUGUGCGUUUGCCAGUGUGUCUGAUUACCUUCACUAACACAUAGUUAUGGCUUAGACAACCCAUUAGUAUUUAUCAAACGUCUGGUUCUUUAAAUUUUAGCAUCCUUACCUCACCUUCAUCGGGACACUGUUAUUGCUGCUAUCAGGAUCAUUACAAGACUGGCUGCCCUCUCAAGAAUCGUCGGCUUUAAUAACAGCCCAAUCUAAACCGACACCUUCCAUUCUGUUAAUGCAUUCAUGUGCUUUUUCAGUGUUUGGGUUUAGUGUGGAACCUUUUGUGUGAUUUAUGGGGUCAUUAUCUGUAAUGGAAUCAGAUACAUUUGGAUGGCAGACAGAUGACAAGGAAAUGCACAUGUCUACGUGUAAAUAUGCAUGCAUGCUCUCUAAGCAAGAAAUGAGUUGUUUGUAUUCAUGUACUCAGAUCAAUUUUUAAUGUAGAUUUUUGAAAGCAAUGAUGGUCAGUCUGUAAACAACUUUGAGAAUGUGAUAAAAGCUAAAUAAUUCUUAUGUAAAAGACCGGGCUUGUUGCAUUCACCACUAGAGCACUAUUGGCUUUGUAUGCCAUAACUUAGAUAAUGUAAAAUCGCUUCAUCAAAAUCCUUCAAAGAAAUAUGUGCUACCGGUAGGUAUAUAUUACCAUUUUAAGGUUUCAAAUGGCAAUGCUUAACAUCAGGUUUGUUUUUAAAAAACUAGCUAAUUUUGACAUAUGAUUAGAUUUAUUGCUGUUGGUAAUUUUUACACCUUGUCAGUCUAUUCUAUAAUUGAACAUUUUGCAAUUUUGCGAAAUGUAUCUUCUGUCAAUAUGUCCUCUGUUGAAAGAAAAAAUAUAAUGUUUCAUUUUUUAUUCUGAACAUUUCUAAGAAAAAUGCUUUCACAUUCAUUGAUAGAUAAUAGAAUUAAUUAUAGUGCCAUUAGGUAAAUCAUCAAUUUUUUGAAUAACAAAGUUAUGUGGUUGUAGUUGUAUAACAAGCAGAGUUCUUCCAUGACUGGAUUUAAUGUUACUUUUUUAAAAAUUUCCACAUCACAACUUUGGGUCCCAUAAAUAUAUGAGGCCCCCUACAGCCAAAGGGGUUACAGUGCUCAUGCUACAGCUCUGUAGCAAGCCUAUCAUGAUGUCCAGACCAUACAAUAAUUACAAAGGUUAAAAAUAAUGCACAUAAACAUUUACAUUUCUCUAGUCCAAAAACAAAAAAUGUGCCUGCAUGACAAACUUGUUAAUACUAGUUUUGAUUUUGAUGUAUCAAAUUUUGUACAGGUUCUUCUUCAAAGUCUUUUGAAAUCAUUAAUACAUUCCAGGGUUAGUCACUGUUACUAGUGUUUUCUGCCUACUGUGAUGGAACAGCAUCCAUUUAUCUUUGGAAAAUGUUACUCUAAUUGUGAGAACUAGUCAAUGUCAGCGAUAGGAAUAUAUUUGUUUAAGAACAUGGAGACAACUGCCCACUGAUCCAACGUGUGAGACAUGCGUGUUAGACAUGUGUGAGGAAUUUUAAAAAAACUGUUAGUAGAAUAAGUAGGAGGGAAAUAAUAUUUCCUUCUGAAAUGGGCUGCAUGCUCUUUUUUUACAACAUUAAUUAAAAAUAAGCCUAAUGGUUUCAGCAAACCUGAAUACAUAAUACAGUAUCAUAGUAACACAAAUAAAAAUUCUCUAAUAAGUUAUAUUGGUUGUUGAAAUGUAAAAUAUCAGUUAUAAUUUGUGUAAUCCUUCAAUGGAGCAUUCAAUUUAGUGCAUUUCCUUUCACCACAGAGACAUUAUUGUGGUUUCUUGCUCUGUAGGCAAAAACUUGUCAAAUUAUGUAGAGUUGUAGAUUUUUGUGUGGUUUUGUAAGUAUUUAGUUUGCAUGUGAAUAAGUUUAAUAAUCUGGGUUAAAUGUUGACUGAAUAUGUUGAAAUGUAUAUAACUUUCUUGCAAGUGAAAUUGUCUAAUGCUUGUUAAUGACUAUGCAAACUUUUAUUCCCAUUACAUAACAAACCUUAAUGCCCUUUGUAAGUCUUAUUGAAAAAAAAAAAGAUUCAGUGCAGACCACUUAAAAUCAGUCUCUUCAGAUUUUCUUACAACUAUUUGACAAAAUUUCCAUGAAUUAGCACAUUUUCUGGAAUUGCUUUUUUAAAUAAAAAAUGCCAUCAUGAGGCUUUGAAUUCUUGCCAUGGGUAAUUGGAUUCUUGUUUUAGUAAUUUACACCAAUCAAUCUUCUGAUCUUUAUUGGCCGAAAUUCUGAAACGUUUGUUGAUUUAUUCCUCCUUUGAGCAAUAUACUUAGCUGCUAUUUGAAGCUGUUAUACUUUGCAGUUGGAUAUACGUUCAUUGAUUAUCUGAUGUCCUGGGAGUUGCAGUAUUUGAUGCUGUUUCACAAGCCCUGUAUCUUCAGUAUUUGAUGGGGUUUCACAAACCUUUUAACUUCAGCACUUGAUGCUGUUUCACAAGCCAUGUGACAACCUCAACAGGAAUGAACUUUUUUGUUACAAUAUUUAAACAGAAAUUUCGCUGUGCAUAGUAAUUUACUUGUUAACUUGAAUAGUGGUAGACAAACCAUAUUAUUAUAAUUUUCUUUAAAACUAUAGUGUGGCUUUUUUCAACAAAGCUUUUGUAAUUCAAGCCAAGUUUUAAAACCUUCCUUACUUUUUUUUCCCCCAAGAAACUUGUGUAACACGUUGGUUGUUGUCUUGAUUUUGUUAUAAAUUGAUGCUAUUGUAUUUUUUUUUACCAUAACAUAUGGUCUACAGCUUGUCAUAAGCUGUAGGAUGAGAAUUUUUUUUUACAAAAGCAAAUUUAAACUUGAUGUACUUUAUGUUUUAGGGAAAUUUCAGAAAAGUUGAAGUUGCAUUAGGCUUACAGUCUUACAGGGAGAAAAAGAAAUUCUCUGCAUUAUUGGUUUGAUGAUUUGUGAUAUGUAAAAUGUGGGCAAAGUUGUUUUUUUUUUUUUUGUUCGUUGUAUGAUAAAAUGUUUUAAUUUUCUUUCUCAGAAAUUAAGCUGCAAGAAUGGAUUUAUGAAGGCAUUGAAAUAUUACCUGAACAUAUUUUUAUAGUCUUGUUAAAUACUUAUGUCAAGGGACUAAAUAUGUUUAUAAUAAUAUGAUGUGUGAGAGUUGCCUGGCCUUGUCUCCUAAAAGGUCCCCAAACUGAACCAGAAAUUCAACAUGACUUUUUGAUGGUUUGCUUGGGAGCCACUAUGAUGAAGACAUUUGUACAGAUCACCAGUUUACAAUAUCCUGAAGUAGUGAGUUGAUGCUUUCCCCCCACCCAUUUCAAAUUUCAUUUGUCCUGGUUCUCUGCAUCUCCCAUUUCACUGCCUUCCCUCAUGCCAUUUUGUCAUUGCAUUGUCCCUUUUCUCUAAGAUUAAUGGUCAUUUUUAUCAUUUUAAUUGUUUUAAUUUUUUUUUUUUGAAAUAAAAGUAACUGGUAUCUUGUGAUAUGGUUGAUAAUAAAAUAAUCUAAAUAAUAAUAAUCCAGUAAUGUGACUUUAAUUUCUUGACUACAGCAUUGGUAAGAAGCAACAGAUUCAGUGAGCUGUAAAUGCUCUGCUGGGCUUGUGCAGUAUUGAACUGAAACUAGUUCUAAUGUAAUAAGCAUAAUAAAAUGUCACAAUACACUGAGAAGAUAAUAGUGAUAAGUUGUUAGUUUUUUUUCUUAUUCCAAAGCAAUGCAACCCAAUCUUACAUGGUACAUGUAUAACCCAUGUGUCCACACUAACUACAUGUGAACAAUUUGAGUACAAUAUUGCACAAGGCUUAAACUGCAGACUGCAAUCAUUCCUUACCUCUAGGAGUUACACAGUGGCAGUAAUCUAUGGAAUUGAAGAAUUCUUUUUUUUUUCAAUGUGCAGUACAUGAAUAAAA